CAUCUCCGGAAUAUAAUUUGUUUUUGCUACCAUGUACUUAUACUUAUGUAUACAUAUGUAUUUAUGCAGGGCAUAAUUUAUAAUACGCGUUAAUAUUUUAAUAUCACACCUUGAUUCGCCUCAAGCCAGUACAUCAAGAAAUAUUGAAAAACGUAAACAAAAGUUUUUACGGACAUCAACAAAAGAACAUGUUUGAACAUGCAUGGCCGGAUAGUGCAUUGAAUAAGAUGGAGAAAGCAGUCGACGAAAAAUUAGACAGUCUGACAAAGUAUGCGCCAUUUAUAAAUUAUUUGCUGGAAUUAGAUAAUGAUAAAUACAAAAAAUUUAAAGAUAUACAACAUUGGAUUAUAUCUAGAAAGAGGUAUCCGAUGAAUGUGCUACAAAAGAUUGAGCAGUCGAUCAUAACGCAGUACAGAAAUUUGUUUUUUGAUGAUGGGAAAGUGCCCAAACAUAUUAUGGAUAUUUUUAAUACACAUGCGCACGUUAAAUGCUUUAGUGUAAAUUUGUGCUCCGAUGACGAAGAUAACGCUGAAAAUUCAUCUGAUAUUGAAGAAGACGACGAUGAUGUUAUUAUCGUGUCCACAUCACUAAACACACAAGAUAACAUGCAGCCGCCAACAGAAAACCUAAAUCAAUUUUUCAAAAGCAAUGAUGAAGAGACAUUCUCAACUAAACAAUGCAGUAAAAACAUAGAACAGAAAGUGUCUUCCAAGCGAGCUUCAGGUCCUGAACCAAAUCAAUGUGUUAAAAGCAAUGAUGAAGAGACAUCAUCAUCUACGCAAUGUAGUAAAACCAAAGAACAGGAAGUGUUUUCGAAGAUCGUUUUAGAACCUUGUAUAAUUGACGAACCAAUAUGCUUAGAUUCGGAUGACGAUGAAGUAUUAAUAAAUACAGUUCCAAACGAAGGUGAAUUAUGGGUCGAGGAGGAGCAACUUUUUAAGCGGAGGGGAGAUUUUAUAGAUAAAGUUGAAGAAAGUACAGAAAACAAAAGUGAAGCAAUUAUUCAAACGAAAGCGAAUCAUUCAAAUGAAUUGAGCAAAGUGUGGGGUAAACCAAUCGAAGUUGUGCAAUUACACCAAAUGCAGAAGACAGAAUUAAAUUUGGAGAACACGAAAAUAAAUACAGAUAGGUGGAAACAUAUCUCUGAGGUUUUAACAAAGGAAACUGGAGUUGAUGUCCAGCAAUUGCUAAAAAGUAUAAAUUUGACUUCAUCACAAACAGAAAAAAAUAAAAAUAAGUCGCCGAAUGAGGAUUUUUUUAGUUCACCAAAUUGCACAAAUAAAUCACCGUAUGAGGACUUUAAUAGUUCACCCCAAUAUACAAAUACAGGUGUACCUCUGACUCCUUAUCCCGUAGUGAAUGCCAACGUGAUACAACCAAAUAUAUAUAGUAUGCAAACUCCUAUAUUGCCACCACAGACACCGCUUAGAUUAAAUUUGAAAGACCCGCGAAUCGUUAAAUUAUUAGAAAAAAGUAAUACUUUACAAAUGAUUUCAAUGGGCAUGCCUGUAAGAAACGUAACUACAACAACGGAAUUACCGAAAUCUGAGCCAAAAACAUAUGGUGAUUAUAAACGGCAAAAAGCGGAGAGAGCUAAAAAAGCUGAGGAAUUGAGGAGAAGAGAAGAAGCGAAUAAAGCUGAGGAAUUGAAGAGAAUAGAGGAAGCAAAGAGUGCUGAAGAGUUAAGAAAAAUAGAGGAAGCGAAAAGAUCGGAGGAAUUAAGAAGAAUAGAGGAAGCGAAAAGAUCAGAGGAAUUAAGAAAAAUAGAGGAAGCGAAAAGAUUGGAGGAAUUAAGAAGAAUAGAGGAAGGGAAAAGAUCAGAGGAAUUAAGAAGAAUCGAAGAAACGAAAAAAGCUGAGGAACUGAAGAGAAUAGAGAAAGCGAAAAGAGCAGAGAAAUUAAAGGGACUAGAGAAAGCCAAAAGAGCAGAGGAAUUAAAGAGAAUAGAGAAAGCGAAAAGAGUAGAGGAAUUAAACAGAAUAGAAGAAGCGAAGAAAGCUGAGGAACUGAAGAGAAUAGAGGAAGCGAAAAGAGCAGAGGAAUUAAGAGCAAUCGAAGAAACGAAAAAAACUGAGGAACUGAACAGAAUAGAAGAAGCCAAAAGAGCAGAGGAAUUGAAAAGAAUGGAUGAAACGAACAGGGACACUGAAAUGUCAAGUGUAAAUAAUCAAUUGGAUUCAUUUGGUGAGCAACAAACUGAUUUAAGAAGUAUAAUUUUGAAUACUAUUCUACCAUAUAGUGACAAAAUACUACAUGUCCUUAAGAAAGACAACGAUUUGCAAGAUCUAACCGAUAAAAUAGCAGCAUUGGGCAAUUCCAAAAAAGGAUCAGAUAUAAAAACUGACACUAACACAACCGCAGUAAGUCAUCAAAUAUCAUCUUUUGCUGUUGCUGCAGUUAAUACGAGCAACCAAAAUACCGAAAGUGCAAAUAACGUUCAAAAUGAUGUAGAGGAGCAAACAAAAUGCGAGCUUUACUCUAAGUACACACAAAAGAGGAAUAAACGUCGGCAAAAAGAGAAUAAAUCAAAACCUGCUUACAAAAGAAUACGAAGUAUUUCAACUUCUUCGUCUUCUUCGUCAACAACAUCGGAAUCGUCGUCCAUGACAUCGACAACAACAUCGCCUUCAACCAGCUCUACAACAACUGCUAAUAGUAAGAGAGCAAAAGAGAAUCAACCAUUGGUUUAUGAGCCAAUUAUAAAAUUAAGAAGACUUUCAGCGGAAACCAUUUCAAAAUACACAAAAACGCCGGCCAGCGCGUCAAGAACUAUAAACAUACGUUUAGUAGAAGACGUUAGAAGGACGAUGAAAACUGUGCAUCAUUUGGUCAAGGAGAAACCGAUCAAACUAAAUGUUAAAUAUAAAAACAUCGAUAUACAUAUGACCAAUACUAAUACGAAAUUUUGUAUGUUGUGUAAAUCAAAACCAUCAGAUUUAACAAAUCACUACAAAAGGGUACACAAAAUCGAAUCUUAUGUGGCACGUCUCAGCAGAUCGGCCUUACAAUAUUUGGAAAAUAACAUUUCAUUUGCACAAAAAUUAGCACAAAGUACAUCACAGAGUGUGAAAAAGUAUAAAAUUAAAUGCGCUUUUUGUCAGGAUGAAAUCGCAGAUAAGUUUAUAAAUUUUUACAAGCAUUUCUCCAUACACACCGGCGAAUAUGCUUUUCAAUGUGAUGUUUGCAAGUUGGAAAAACCCUACGAAUUUGACAUACAAUCGCAUAAAUGCCAUUCGAAGUCUUGUCGCAAUGCCGCUAUUCGAACACUCUACCAAUAUCCCCCAAACGUGCUGGUCAUAUAUUUAUAUUGUUGUAAAAUAUGCAAUUUCGUACAAUUAAAUGAAGCAAAUACAUUUAAACAUUUGCGUGAUCACCACGAUAAACGGCAAGAUGAUUCGAGUUGCAUAACUAAAUAUAUACUGACAGCUAUAAAUGAUGAGGAGACUUGCGAAAAAUCCGCUGAAUUAGAUACAAACUAUGAUUUACCAAUGAAGGAUGAUGAUGUUGAAGAUAUACAGGUGAAAAAUGAGGCCAUACUAGAAGAUAUAACUGAAAAAGAGCAGGUAGAGUCAAAUCAAGUGCCUGGUAAGCAGCAAGACUUCAAAGCCACGAUUAGCAGCGGCUUAGGAAUGGUUGAACUUCCGUAUACAAAAUACUACAAAUACUCCUCUGUACUAAAUAAAAAUCCAACUUCGGUGCAACAAAAUGACGAAAGACCUAUAGUUUUGUCAUCAGUGGAAAAUGUUGUAAAUUCAAGUGCUGCGUCGUGUUUAGAGUACAUAAAAACGGAAUACUCGGACAUAUUACCGUUACAAAAAGAAAAUUAUAGUUGUAAGAAACUAUUGCAAAGUUCUAGUAAGAUUUCUUAUCGCCAAUAUCCAAAUGGAGUUUCUUAUUUCGGCUUAUACAAAUGCAUGGCCACGGAUUGUCUAUUCUCGACGGAUGCUAAAGAGGAAAUAUUACAACAUCUGCAGGAACAUUUGAGCAGUGAAUGCCCACCGGAAGACUGUCUACUAUGCGGUUACUGUCAAUUAGAUGCAGAAAUUUGCUCAACACCUGAAGAGCUGAUUGCACAUAUACAACAAAAGCAUCAACAAUCGCAGUUCCAAUGUUCAGUUUGUUGCUAUCGCGCUAUUUCACCAAGUCAUGUUUCAGAGCACUUUAAAUAUGCACACUCAGAACAAGAGUUGCAGUUUGUAUACAACUGUGCGUUGGAUAUCAAUUUAGACACUAGUGCCCCAGCAAAUAUUGCUGAAUUGCUGGAAGAAAAUGUGGAACCGCUUGUAUGUCCGCUUAAAGAUUGCGUACAAAGUUUCCAGAGCGUGGGUUGGAUGAAAAAUCAUCUCAUGCAUGCGCACUCUUUAACAAUCAAAAGUGAAAGUAUUACAGCACUGGAAAAAUAUGCGUGUAUAUUUUGUACAAUGAAUUUUUUUGAUUUGGAGAAGGUCAAGAAUCAUUUGGCUAGGAAUCAUCCCGACCAGCAACCUUACGUUUGCGAAAGAGUUUUACUUCCAGAAAAAGAGGAGGAUUUACUGCAAAAUUUAACCAUAACAUUUGUGUCGCUGCCAACAAUACCAGCUGAAAAUAUCAGGCAUGUAAAGGUGAAACAAGAAUUCGGUUUUAACUCAACAAAUGACAGAUCCGUGUUAACGAGAACAGAUAAAGCGAGCAAUACAACCGACGCGGCUACAGAAAAUCAGACUGAGUGUGACACCAAGCCAAAUUUAGAGCAAUUAGUGCGAACAGCUGAAGAGAGCGUCAAACUGAGUUUGCUCAAAUUGAUAAAAAAUACUGGCAUUUCCCCCGAUUUACUCUAUCAUUGCCCACAACUUACAUGCGGCGGAUUUUUCUCAUCCUACGACUUGUGGUAUAGGCAUAUGAGCCUACGGCAUUGUUGUCUUUUAAGUAUUUGCCCACAUUGUACCAAUGAUAAGAAUACCGAGUUGCCAUUGCUUGAUUUCAAAGAGCACUUCGAACUACACUGUUGUCAUCUAAAUGGCUGUUUCCAUUGCGGGGAAACAUUUUCUAAUGAGCAGGCAACCAGAGAUCACAUAACCCUUGCACACACAAACAUAAAUACAGACUCUGCGACGAUACAAACAGCAAAGGUGGCACUCUAUUUCAAUCAAUCAUUUAAUAUAUUAUUGAAAUCGGAGCAAGAGAAGGAUAGGUACACCCUUUUGUUGGAGCUGCAAGAAGUGAUACAAAAUCGUUGCAAAUAUGCAGAAAAGUUGUACUACGAGUCUUUAAAAACACAGUGGAUUGUGCCGGUGACUGCGACGUGGUUGGAAAACUUUCCAAGUUUCAAAACUAAUGACCGGAUCAAACGGAAGUGCUUUUGUCGAAAUUGUCCCUUCCAAACGUAUGAUAAUGAAUUAUUUUAUACACAUUUAAGAAAAACUCAUCAGGUUAAUGAUAAUAAAUUUGUGUGUGCGAAAUGUGAUUUUCAUGUAGCGUGCAAAAACUGGGACCCCAUUAUAGAUCACAUAAAAAUGCAUGUUCUGAAUAUACACAUAUGCUCGGUAUGCUCAUUUUAUCAUCAUGAUCGACAAGCAAUACGUGCACAUUUGUCGCAAGAGCAUCGCUUUAGAGAUGUGCCGAUUGUGACGCUAAUACGUUCGUCGUUGAGUACUCAAAUUUCAUUAGCCAUUGUAUUUGCACAGCAAAGAAAAACAUUUUCCACCAUAAACAGCUGUUUUUGUUGUGAUAAAAGCAAUAGUUCGUGGAAUGCAUUAGCUACACAUUUGAGGAAAACUCAUCAUUUGACAUUGCAAUAUUUUUGUGAAAUCUGCGACGAGUCACUUAAGCUCACAGAAUGUGAUGUGCAUUUUAGCAACUGUCAUCCAACAGCAGUGUUAAGGAUUCGGUGUCACAUUGCAACUAACACUCAAAUAUCUAUGGAUAGCGUGAUGCCAUUCAAACUCACAAUCGAAUCAAAUGCCAAUGAUGCACUCGGAGUAGCAAUUAAAGAAGAACCCUGUGAUAUUGAUAUGGAUAGUGAUAUUGAACUAAUUAAUGACGAUGAUAUUGUCAUCGCUAAUGAUAUGCAAAUGUGCGAAACUCAGAAAAAUCCGACAGUUAUAAGAUGUGUGAGUGUUGCGAAUCUACAAAGUCAGCACACAAAUAACGGUAAUUUUGAAACGCUUGCAUUGCCACAGCGACCACUUCCAGGUGCCGACCCUAAAUCGAUAAGAUGUGUGAGUGUUGCGAAUCUACAAAGUCAGCACACAAAUAACGGUAAUUUCAAAACGCAUGCAUUGCCACAGCCACCACUGCCAGUUGCCGACCCUAAAUCGAUAAGAUGUGUGAGUGUUGCGAACCUACAAAGUCAACACACAAAUAACGGUAGUUUUGAAAUGCUUACAUUGCCACAACCACCACUUCCAGUUCCAGUAUCAAUACCACAGUUACAGCCACAGCCAAUACAACAACUGCAAUUGCAAUCACGACUCAUUCCACAGUUCGGGGCUCAAACGAGGCAUAUCAACCCGACGAACGUUACAAAUACAAACACGCCAUUGUUUACACCGCCAUUAGCAAAACAUAGCAAAAAUCCGAAUUUCGCUGGUGACUACAAUAACAGGCCUGUUGAAAUUUUUGUAAAUGGUGCAGGCAAUCGUCUGAGCAAUAAUUAUGCUCUCCAAAAUUUUCAACCAUGAAAGCGAGAAGGCUUUACGUCCAUGGUAAAAUUGUGAUAAAUAAAAAAUACAACUCUACUUACUAACUUAAGUAUAUGCCAUAUAUGGUAUAUAUAUUCAAGGGUUUACCGUUGCUAAAACUAAAUGUAAAUACUUAAGUUUUAUAAUUUUUUCAACAUUUUAAUAUGUAGAACUAGAUACCUUACGACGAUAACAUUAAGUUGCGAUCUAAAUAUAAAGCGAACCUAGAAUUCUAUAUUCUGGUCGAAAAUAUUGCCAAACAUUUUGUAUUGGUUUGGUUUAUAUUGAAGCAAAUAGCUAAGAUCUUUUUUAGUACAUUAUGCAUUUGUAUUUAUGUUAUAAACAACCAUAUUUGUUUAAGUUUUGAAGUUAAAUGAAAUAAGUUCUAUGAAUUUUUUAACUUGCAAAUUUAUUUUCUUUUUUAUGACUUUAAAAUUUAUUACUUAAAAGUCGCAAUAAACUGUUGUGUAUGUCCUUUAGCAUUAACAUACAUAUGAAAGUAUAAAAUACAACAUUUUAAGGAAUAAACUACCAAAUAAAAUUUUUUAAAAAAUA